UGAGCAAUAUGGAAGGUGUAACUGAACUGAAGACCCAGCAGCAACUGGAUCCUAGCUAGGGUGUUCAGCCAAGGUAUGUGAAGAAACAGCUGCAAAACUACAAGUCCCAGGAUGCCUUUCGGUAAUGAGUACAGUCCACAGAGUUCACACGUGUUGGGUGUGGUGGCUGGAGCCUAUAACCCGGAGCAAAUGGCCCCACCCCCAAACCAGUCUAUAGAGUUUGUGUUUGAGCCAAGCCCCAGGGUGGAACCGGAAUUUACCUUUGUACUUGACACUGGUCAGGGUUAGUGGCGACUGGCUCAGUGGGUCUGGAACUGGCUGCCAUCCUGACAACAUCUCAGAGCUGCAAGCAGGUUUGAAUCCAGGAUUCUUGUGGCCCUGCCCCUGGAUUCCUGCCCCCGCUCCUCCUCUUAAUCUUUAUUCUUUUCCCCUGGAAACCUUCCCACAGGUUACCAGGUCUCAUACAAAUUCUGCUGCCCCUGAGGGCCCCUGUGUCAGUCACAGGAUUUUUACUACCUGACUACAGGGUAAUAGUCCGCUUUUGAUAGUCCCUUACUUGGAGACUCAACUACUGUUUCCCGGCAGACAAGAAAUACUGGGAAGAAGGGACCCCAGGGCAUUAUCACCUGAGGGUACAGGUUAGGGAUUGGGAAGAUGGUGUCAGUCACCAAAUAUGAAGCCUUGAUGGCGGCCCUGCCUUCUAUAGGUCCUGCUGGAUAGCCACCAUGGCCUCUCAGCUUCUCGGGCUGGAAGAAGAGUCUGGCCCAAACCCUGGGGAGUCUGAACUGGCUGUGAACCCCUUUGACGGGCUCCCCUUCUCUUCCCGCUACUACGAGCUGCUUGAGCAGCGCAGAGCUUUGCCUAUCUGGGCUGCUCGCUUUAUCUUCUUGGAGCAGUUGGAGAGUAGCCCCAGUGGAGUGGUGCUGGUGUCUGGAGAGCCUGGCUCUGGCAAGAGCACCCAGAUCCCACAGUGGUGUGCAGAGUUUGCACUGGCCAGGGGGUUCCGGAAGGGCUGGGUAACUGUGACUCAGCCCUACCCUCUGGCAGCCCUGAGCUUGGCCCUGAGAGUUGCUGAUGAGAUGGACUUGACCCUGGGUCAUGAGGUUGGAUACAGCAUCCCCCAGGAGGACUGCUCUGGGCCUGACACCCUGCUCAGGUUCUGCUGGGACAGGCUGCUCCUGCAGGAGUUGGCCUCCACCCGGGGCACUGGAGUCUGGGGCGUGCUGGUGCUGGAUGAGGCUCAGGAGCGGUCAGUGGCCUCAGAUCUGCUCCAGGGGCUUCUGCGAGAUGCCAGGCUUGGAAACCUUCCAGGGGACCCCAGACUGGUUGUAGUUACUGACCCAGCCCUUGAACCUAAGCUCCAAGCUUUCUGGGGCAACCCUCCCAUUGUGCACGUGCCCAGAGAGCCUGGCAGGUGUCCCACUCCCGUCUACAGGGACACUGUCCCUACUGACCGAGUGGAAGCUGCCUGCCAAGCUGUGCUUGAAUUGUGUCGGAAGGAGGCUCCGGGAGAUGUGCUAGUGUACCUGCCCAGUGAGGAGGAAAUUUCCCUGUGCUGUGAGUCAUUGUCCAGGGAGGUGGGGCCCUUGGUUCCCCAAGGGCCCCCACUACGGGUGCUGCCCCUUCACCCAGGCCGUGGACAAGCUGUGCAGGCGGUGUACCAGGACACAGACUUGGGUGCCCGGAAGGUGGUAGUCACUCACUGGCUGGCUGACUUCUCCUUCUCCCUCCCUUCCAUCCGACAUGUCAUUGACUCAGGACUGGAGCUUCGAAGUGUUUACAAUCCUCAGAUCCGAGCAGAAUCUCAAGUGUUGAGACCAAUCAGCAAGUGUCAGGCAGAGGCAAGACGACUGCGGGCAGGAGGGGUCCCACCAGGAUCCUGUCUCUGCCUGUAUCCUAAGUCCUUCCUAGAACUAGAGGCUCCCCCACUGCCCCAACCCAGGGUGUGUGAGGAGAAUCUGAGCCCCCUGGUCUUACUACUCAAGAGGAGACAGAUUGCAGAGCCAGGGGAGUGUCACUUCCUGGACCGGCCUGCUCCAGAGGCGCUGAUGCAGGCCUUGGAAGACUUAGACUAUCUGGCAGCACUGGAUGAUGAUGGGGACCUGUCAGACCUGGGAGUCAUCCUGUCAGAGUUCCCUCUGGCCCCUGAGCUUGCCAAAGCCCUGCUGGCCUCGUGUGAAUUCGACUGUGUGGACGAGAUGCUCACCCUGGCUGCCAUGCUCACUGCUGCCCCUGGGUUUACUCGUCCUCCCGUCUGCGCAGAAGAAGCUGCCCUGCGUCGGGCCUUAGAACACGUGGAUGGUGAUCACAGCUCUCUGAUCCAGGUGUAUGAAGCCUUUAUACAGAGUGGAGCAGACAAGGCUUGGUGCCAGGCUCGGGGUCUAAAUUGGGCAGCAUUGUGCCAAGCCCGUAAACUUCGGGGAGAACUCCUAGAACUCAUGCAACGGAUUGAACUUCCCUUAUCCCAGCCAGCCUUUGGCUCUGAGCAGAAUCGCAGAGACCUCCAGAAAGCACUGGUGUCGGGAUGCUUCCUUAAGGUGGCCCGAGACACAGAUGGGACUGGAAAUUACCUGCUCCUGACCCAUAAGCAUGUGGCCCAGCUCUCCCCAAACUGCUGCUACAGAAGCCGCAGGGCUCCUGCCAGACCGCCACCAUGGGUGCUUUACCAUAAUUUCUCCAUUUCCAAAGACAACUGCCUCUCCAUUGUUUCUGAGAUUCAACCACAAAUGCUGGUGGAAUUGGCCCCUCCAUACUUCCUGAGUAACUUGCCCCCUAGUGAGAGCAGAGACCUCCUGAACCAGCUGAGGGAAGAAAUGGCAGAUUCUUCAACAGGGCAUGAAUCUUCCUCCACCCAAGAACUUGGAGAUGCCUGUGUCCUGCAGUGACCUGUCUACGGAGUGAAGCUGAGUUCAUCUCAUCACACUAGAUCCUCCCUUAGGCUAGUACCUAGGCAGCCAGUCAGAUUUAAAAGCCCAGAGUUAAGGGUCAGAUGUAAAUACUGGAACCUGAGUCCCAAGAAAUGGUAGGCCAGGAGUAGAGAGAAUUGGGUAAGCCACAGUCUGUACAGGGUCCUUAGCCUUCUUCUAUUUAUUUGAGAGGAACUGAUAUGCCUCCAUAUCCCCAACUUAUGCCAAACCCAUCCUAUGCUCCCUUUUGGUCUAUAAAAGUUCUUUUUCUAUGGUGCCCAA